GAUUCAAGGCAUCUUUCUUUAGAACAGGCCAAAUUGAUAGACGAGGAACGCUCAGGAUGCAGUUGUGUCCCAAGGAGCUCGACAAGCUCGUCAUUUCGCAGCUUGGCUUGCUCGCACAACGACGCCUCGCUCGCGGUGUGAAGCUCAACCAUGCUGAAGCUACAGCCUUGAUCGCGAAUAAUCUCCAAGAACUGGUUCGAGAUGGCAAUCACACAGUCGCGGACCUCAUGUCCAUUGGCAAGCAGAUGCUUGGGCGCCGCCAUGUUCAGCCGUCUGUCGUAUCGUCGCUCUCCGAAUUAAUGAUCGAGGGGACAUUCCCGUCCGGCACAUACCUCGUAACAGUGCAUCACCCGAUCAGCACCGAUGAUGGGGACCUCGAGAAAGCCCUCUACGGGUCGUUCCUCCCAGUCCCUUCGAAUGAGAAAUUCCCUCUUCCGGAAGCGAGUGUGUACGAAAGCACCAAACAGCCUGGCGCAAUCGUGGCCGUCAAAGGAGAUGCGGGAACAAUUAAGCUGAAUGAAGGGCGGAAGAGGAUUAAGCUCAAGGUUGUUAGCAAAGGGGAUAGGCCAAUUCAGGUCGGCUCUCACUACCACUUCAUCGAGACUAACCCCCAACUCCAAUUCGACCGAGUGCGAGCACAUGGAUACCGCCUGGACAUCCCCGCCGGGACUUCGGUUCGGUUCGAGCCGGGAGACACCAAAACCGUGACAUUGGUUCAAAUAGCCGGCAACCAGGUCAUCAAAGGAGGAAAUAAGUUAGCUUCAGGCUUCAUUGGGGACGUAUCUAUUGCAGAGAGCAUCGUGGAGAAGAUCAAUGCGGGAGGUUUCUUGCAUGAACCGGAGCCAAUCGGUGAUGCCGCGCAUAUCGAUAUCUGUACCAUGGAGCGACAGGCCUACAUUAGCAUGUUUGGCCCAACAACUGGUGAUUUAGUGAGGCUGGGCGCUACAGACCUGUGGAUUAAGGUUGAAAAAGACAUGACCAAGUACGGCGAUGAAUGUUCCUUCGGAGGUGGUAAGACGCUCAGAGAAGGUAUGGGUCAGGCUGGUGGACGUCCAGAUAAGGAAAGUUUGGAUACUGUGAUUACGAACGCAUUGGUUGUUGAUUGGUCGGGCAUCUAUAAAGCAGAUAUUGGCAUCAAAGAUGGCAUCAUCGUUGGUAUUGGUAAAGCAGGAAACCCGGACGUUAUGGAUGGAGUGGACCCCAACCUGGUUGUUGGAUCCUGCACAGAUGUGAUUGCCGGAGAACAUAGUAUCGUCACGGCUGGAGGAUUCGACUCGCACAUCCACUUCAUUUGCCCCCAACAAGCAUACGAAUCGAUUGCGUCCGGCGUCACAACAAUGUUAGGUGGAGGCACUGGACCAAGUACCGGCACAAACGCAACCACCUGCACUCCUGGAAAGACGCAUAUCCGGCAGAUGUUGCAAGCCUGCGAUGAGCUCCCCCUGAAUUUCGGUAUCACUGGCAAAGGAAAUGACGCAGAGCUUCGUCCUCUCCAGCAGCAAGCCGAGGCCGGCGUGUGUGGCCUCAAACUGCACGAAGACUGGGGUACUACGCCUGCUGCUAUCGAUGCAUGUCUUACUGUCAGCGACGAAUAUGAUAUCCAAACCUUGAUUCAUACAGACACCCUCAACGAGUCCGGUUUCGUUGAGCAGACCAUCAAGUCGUUCAAGAAUAGGACGAUUCAUACAUACCAUACUGAAGGAGCCGGAGGUGGUCACGCGCCAGACAUCAUUAGCGUCGUCGAGCACGAUAACGUGUUACCUUCGUCAACGAAUCCUACGAGGCCAUACACACGGAAUACACUCGAUGAGCAUCUUGAUAUGCUAAUGGUAUGCCACCAUCUCUCCCGUAACAUCCCUGAAGACGUUGCCUUCGCCGAGUCUCGUAUUCGUGCCGAGACAAUCGCUGCAGAAGAUGUGCUCCACGAUCUAGGAGCCAUUUCGAUGAUGUCGUCGGAUUCCCAAGCCAUGGGUCGAUGUGGCGAAGUCAUCCUUCGAACCUGGAACACAGCUCACAAGAACAAAGUCCAGAGAGGUACAUUAAAGGAAGACGAGGGAACUGAUGCGGACAACUUCCGAGUGAAGAGAUACAUUAGCAAAUACACCGUGAACCCAGCCAUUACACAGGGCAUGGGGCACCUCAUUGGCAGCGUUGAGGUGGGCAAGUUGGCAGAUUUGGUUGUCUGGAAUCCGUCAAUGUUUGGCGUGAAGCCGAAGUUGGUGAUAAAGAGUGGAUUUAUAUCUUAUGCUCAAAUGGGUGACCCCAACGCUUCUAUUCCGACUGUCGAACCGGUCGUCAUGCGUCCGAUGUUCGCACCCCUUGUGCCGCAAAGCAGCAUAACAUGGGUCUCACAAGCAUCGAUUUCGUCAGGUGUCAUCAAGUCCUAUGGACUGAGGAAGCGUAUAGAGCCAGUGAAGAACUGCAGGAAGAUUGAAAAGAAAGACAUGAAGUUUAACGACACGAGGCCGAAGAUGAAGGUGGAUCCUGAGAGGUACACGGUCGAGGCAGAUGGAAUGGUAUGUACUGCGGAACCUGCGGAAAUGUUACCGUUGACGCAGGCUUUCUUCGUGUACUAAGGAGGAUUCGAUGGGGUUGCCAGUAGAUCAAAUUGAAAAAGGACGGUGUUGGAUGGUGUAGAUACAUUUUACUCAUUAAUCUAUUGU